GAUCAAACGCGGCCGUGUAGCGGCGUCGGCGUCGGCGUCGACACCUACAUUGCAUGCAUCUCUCCAUCCUCCUUCUUUAAAGGCCGCGUUUACCAGCCACGUGCCUUAAUGUAACUCGCAGCACUGAACAGGAGAGAGCCGACUAACUCAAGCCGAGGUCAGGCAUAGCGUCCUAAUGCGCCACCGAAACAGGCGUCGAGCUCGCUGGCAGCGUGUGCAACGUGGACAACAUGUAGCGCGUGGACACAAGUGUCCGCAGCCGAAUCGUCCAUAUGCCGCGUGAGGCACUCUGAGCGCCGCACAUUGAGCGCCGCCGCAUUGAUUCGCAGCACUUGCAUCUCAACCUGCUGCGCGUCGAAUGCAGCCACCUCGCCGGUGAAGAACUGUGAUGCGGUAACCAUAUUGGUGAUGCACAUCAAGAUCCGGUCGACCGGCCAUCAAAUGACAGGCGGUCGAAUCGUUUUCUUCGGUGCUAGACAUGCGCGGGCUGCAGCCACUUCGGGCCGUUGGUCCAUCCGAGUCUCUGAAGCCAAACACCUCCAGCGUGACUUGAAGUGUGCUGCUUGGCCGUGCGGAGCCGGGUCGGUUGCGGCGUCUUCAGCGCGAGCUAAUUGCAGCGAGAGUUGACUACGGUGGCAGCAGGCACGCUCGGACCGAUAUACAGGCAAGACCGUAGCCAGCUGCCGUACGGAAAGCAAGCGCUUUCAAGUGCCACCUGGGCGCGAGUCACAGCGCCUCGCUGAGCGAGAGCUUAUAGUAGAGUCGGUAGUGGUUUAACCAGCCGGGGGCAUUCCAAAGGUACACCGUGGCACGGCCGGCUGGACUUCAGUCUGGAGAGCGAGAGCCGCGGCGGUGACAAUAGAUCGAAUUGUGCCUCUGAUCACGCCGGCCGCUCGUGUCUAUCGCGUCUACAGUCCGGCCUCGGCCGGUGGACUCACUUUUGAAUUCAACACACUACAAGCGAGUGCGAAUCGCCAUCUUCUGGUAUGCACUUGAUGAGCAUGAACACCAUAACCAGCAGCACCACGGUCGGCCAGAAGCGAGAGUUACCCGUGUCAGAGCCGGAUGCGGUGGCCGCCGCAUCGGCUUCCAGUGUAAUGGCUGCGGGUCACGACGAUGACGGCGAGGAGAUCCUGGUGGAGGCUGAGCCGCUGCCCCACGAGAUCGCGACGGACCCCUCGCUGCGCUGCCGGUACCCGAGCAAACAUUGUCUGCGCAUGCGUACGAUCAAGAAGACUGGCGCGCUGCACAGCAUGUGCGCGUUCCACCGCGCCAAGGCGAACCGCAACCAGCGGCGAUUGGAGAAGCGCAAGCGGCUGCGGCUCAAUAGCACAGACAGCGUCGCUGAGAGUAUGCAACUGUCGGCUGUGGAUGCGGUAGUCCAACAUCACCAGAUCAAGCAAGAACCGUCCAUGACGCUGCUGAUGCCGGCGUUCUCACCGAAUCUUAAGAGCUUUAUGGACGGUUCGAUGGCGUCGUCGGUGGCACUGCAGUUUCAGUCACCGCGCGAAGUAGCGAGCGAAUUCGAGCCGUUCCGUAUGCCGGCGGCGCUGUUCCCGGAAGACCUAGAGGAGCUAUGCGAGCUGGUGGACGUGAACGUGCGUCAGGUGUGCGCAGAUCCAAGCGAGGAGGACAUCCGAUUGCUGUCGCAGCUCCUGUUGUAGGUGGAGGCGAGAAAGUGAAUAAGUGAAAGUAUUUAGUUAGAAGGAGCACGGUGUGGGAUGAAUGAAGAUUUAUGGAUCGUUUGAAUUGAGCGCAAUACAUGUAGCGAUAACGAUUUCAGUGGAUAAAGACGAC